AUGACCUCAGUACCCAGCAAGUCAGAGAGAUGGGUAGCUUCCAGGCUACCAGCAGUGGAACGGGCGCCAACAAAAGGCCUACUCGACGUGAAUAUAAGCGCUAGGCGCCACACGAAGACAGCCUUAUGGGCGGAUCAGGUCCUCUCGGACUACUGCUUAAAGCCCAAUUUCUCGCUGCUUCGCGAUCAUGAAGAAUUCAAAACGUUCGAGGCUUUGCUGCACGGCUUAGAUAUCGAGCCGCAGACACUUCGCAUUGCAACCAAAUACAUUGAAAGUGAAGGCUCCACGGUGCAAGCCUUGCACUCGCAACUGGUGCAUCCAGUAUGGCAGCUGAUGGAGCCGGAGAAAAGCCAUAAUACCCAAGUCAAUGACAAGAACCAGUGCCUUACUACUGAAUUGCGGACGGCCGCUGCCGCCAUGGCCUAUGAUACAUAUAUUCAGCUGCCGAUUGAACAAUGGAGUUCUGCAAAUGCCCGAGAUACUGCUGGUGGUGUCCGGACGGAUUUGAUAUUCUCCGUUUUAUUCCAUAAGAAGGAAGCCAGGACUCGCGGAAUGGAGGCGCGUCAGGAUGCGGUGGCCACGGAGCUCAAAUCAGAGAGGCCUACGACCAGCAAAAGUCGGGUAUCUGAGGCACGCAAGGACCCUGCCAUUUUUGAUAUCGAGAUGAAUUUAUUUCCCUUUGAAGUGAAGAAGCUAGGCCAGAUAGAUUUUGAAGCGCUGAAUACGAUAGCUAAAGACGCUAUCAAGCUAGGGGGAAGCAUACCCACAGGCAAAUAUGAGGGCCAUGUACUCGGGAUGCGGGCCUCUCUUCAGCAGAUGCUUCGUUAUGCUGUUCACUAUGACACCGACAUGGCAGCAUUGGGAGACUACAGGCAUAAUUUGGUAGCCAUGGUGCCGAGCACCUUGCCAGAGGAUGCAAAGCGUUACAAAAAUCAAAUAAAGUCGAGGAAGGGCGUCCGGAAGAGUGCUCGAGGGCACACUAAGAAUAAAUCGAAGGAAGAGGGGACGACGGGCGGGAAGAAGCCCGAGACGGAAGUGUUUUCUCCCUCUCAUACCGCAACGAGCAAACCAGGUGAAGAAGUUAUUGGAAGCAGCUCGGAAGGUACUCAACCCAAAGGACAACCCAGCGCUGGAGACUCGAAGAAAGAAGUAACAUGGAUAUAUGCGGACGAGGAAAAUGUGCGCUACUUGGUUCUCUUCAGCGCAUGGACUACAACGAAAGGCAUGGUAGGAUGGUGGGAGGAUGUGGGAAAGGACUUUGCGCUCCAGAAAAAAGAGAAAACGGACAAACAUACGGAGACAUCUCACACAGUGCAGUUACUUACCAGUGUCCCCCAAGGUGAGAUGGGCGGUGUGGAGACGAGUCGCCAAACAAGAAAGUAA